UUACCGUCCUGGAGGCGGAGCGGAGCAAGCUAAGAUUGUAUUUGAUGUUGAUGCCCAUCUUGGGAAAAAGAAGGCGAGCUGGCCGCCGUAUAUAGAUAUAGUAGAUAACGGAGAGUACAAGGAAUGGAAAUGUGGGCUUUGUGGGACUACACUUUGGGACGACGACUGUGUGGACCAGCAUUUGGUCAGCAAGCGACAUCAGAAGAACCUUGGCGGCAGUAUUGGAUUCGUCAG